AUGUCUGGAAACGAGCGACGGGUGGUGGAUUCGACGCUUCCAACCGCAGAGUCUUCAGAUUCAUCUAUGCCGGAGGUUCCGGGUCUCUCAGGCGAUGCCUCUCAAAACGCAAAAACGAGAAGGCGAAGGCGUGCGGCCGACUCGGACAAUCAAAAGAACCAGAUGUUCUACUUUGUCGAUUCCAACUCAUCGUCGAAGGAGAAGCGCGCCCAUGUCAUGCGCCACCACGUGCAGGAAAAAAGGAAGCAGCGCAAAUUCUCUCAUGGCAUGAUCCACGAACCGCUGAAUGAUUCUUUAUCUUGGUCUGUUAGAAAGGAAUCCGAUUAUGAUACAGACAGUGGAAAGGAUAUAUUCUUGAUUGGUACACCGGGUCCUUCCACCGACCCGAACACUUCGCUCCCAAUGCGGUUCUCGAAUGUGAACCAUCACUCCCAAAAGACAGGCCCCGUGCAAGUAGGCUCCCCCAUCACCAUACUGGAUGCGUCCCGAACGGACCCAUUUUCGAGCCUACCAAUGGCCCAAAAUCCCGAAGAUGAGGAAUUGGUGGAUUAUUGGCACACCAAAUUAACAUAUUGGUCUGGACAAAACCCACACAUCAAGAAUCAAAUUUUCCGCACCGCCAUGCAGCAUCCGCUUUCCUUCCAGGCAUGUAUUCUGCUCUAUUGUGCGCGGUGGAAGGCCCAAUUACUUGGCCUCCCCGAUGCGCCAGAAGUCCAACAACGUGUUAUCGAAGCCCGCAAGCAGAUUGCAGAUGCUCUUUCGGGUUCUACACAGGUACCACCCGACUAUCUGGCCCUGGCUCUGGCGGGUAUCGCCCUCUCAGAAUGGCGGUUUGGCAAUAUGCCAGAUGCUCAAGCGUAUCUUGAACAGGGUGCCCGAAUCAUGCGACCUCGCACUGGAGCCAAUCUGCCGGUAGAGACCAUGCUUCAUUACGUGCGGUACAUCAUGCCCCCUAUCAGUUCGGUGAUUGAAACAUCAGACCGCCAUUGGCUGGUCAUCUUCCUCCGAAGAGCGGACGACCUCAUGCAAAUGCACAACCAGAUCGAAUACCUGUGCAUGGCUCCACGGAGACGCGACGCCUUUCAGAUGGAGAGUCCGUUGUUUCCCUUAUUGUCCAGUGGGCCGCGACCCUCGCAGGUGCCACAGGCGUCCCGCAAGUAUGUGGUCCGUAAUCUUCAGACCCAGGAGGUCAGUCGGACUGCGGCCCUCAUUUACAUUACUGCAGCACUCUGGGACUUCAGGGACUCGGUCAGUAAGACCAACCGAUUUUUAGACUAUCUACACUCGACGGUCGAGCACCAUCAACUCGGCCGACACCCCGCCUGCGAGACUCUACUCUGGUUGCUGCUAGAACAGGGAUGCGAUCCCGACUUACAAAACCCGGAGCGAUCGUGGUCUACGGGCCAGCUGCUCAUGACGCACAGACGGCUACGGCCUGAUCUGCAAUUCCACUUUAACGAAAUUCUGAUGGGUUUCUUGCACCUGCAUCCGCCGAUACGCGGCAUUGACGUGUUCGAACAAGAACUUGGGGAGAUUUAG